AGUAACUCAGACACAAUGGCCCAGAUUAGUGGUGCAGCUGUUAUGUUUCUGCUGCUUCUGACAGUCAGUCUGUUCUGUCAAGACACUGCUGCUUGGGCAUGUUGCAGGCGAUAUUCUAAAGGACAGCUCCCUGUUCAUUUAAUCAGGGGAUAUUCAAUCCAGACCAUCCAUGCAAUCUGCAACAUCAAUGCUAUUAUUUUCCACACAUAUGGAGGCAGAAAAAUGUGUGCUGAUCCAACUCAGCCCUGGGUGACAGACAGCAUCCAGAAACUAACGAAAAGAGCGUGGGCCCUGAAGAAGCAGAAGAAAGAGAAGCUGAUAUUGAAUUAAGAUUUAUUAAGAUCAGUACAUUAAAGAUUCAGUACAUUAAAUCUAAUUUAUUAUUUUUUCAUUAGUUUGUUAAACUGAUUUCUGUGUUCUGAAAGCAUAGUCAAUGAGGAAGUGCUAUUCGUAUAACACCGAUUUUUCCCAUCGUUAAAAAAACAUGAAAUAGCCUCCUAACAUACACCUAUAUAUGCCUACACAUCAUUAUAGAUAAUAAUUAAAUUGUUGUGAAUGCACCAUCAAUCGCUUAACAUGAU